AUGGGGGCGGGAGAAUGGCGGGGAAAGGGUGGGAAGAAGGAGGACAUUGGAGCGGAGAGUGUAGCGGCGCCCUCCCGCGUUCCCUCCUCCAACUCUCUUCGCUCAUCUCACUCCGCCGCCUCAUCCUCCCACAACCCCGCGUCCUACCCGAGCGCUGACCCCCGCUUUUCCCACCCGUACGCCGUCAUGGUCGCCGCUCCCCUCCCCGUCGUUUCCAGCCAUGACGCGACCGACGACGAAGAUGAGUGCCCCGUCUGCCUCGAACCCCUCAGCUUCAGCUUCAGGCUGCCUGGCGAGAAACCGCAUAUCGUUCCAGAGUGUGGGCACGCGUUGCAUGAGGCAUGCUUUACGGCCGUAUACGGCCCACCGCCCGCCCCCUCGAGGGCGGGCAACGUCAUUCGCAAAUCAAACCUCGGUGUAUGCGGUGUAUGCCGGCGGCCAAUGAAAGUCGGCGACGGUGAUGGGGGGAAAUCAAACAGUAUGUCUUCCAUCGCAACAGAACUCGCCGCGCUCACAGGCAUGGGCAACCCCAACGGCGCGUCGCUCUUCCCCGGCCGUGACACGCCCUCGUCCGUGCGCUCCUUCAACCCGCGCUCGCCGCACGGGCAGCCACCACAACCAUAUGACCCGACGCAAGACGACCCCGUCGAGCACGAGCACCACGCAAAGGCGAGCGCGCCGCAGCCAGACCAGUCGCACUACAUCGUGUCGCCCUCCAUCCAGGUCCGCUCCGAGUUCGCGAGCAUCACGCGCACGGGCGAGUCCAGCCAGCCGCUGACGUGCAUAGUCGUCAUCGAGCUCCCGGGCAAGCGGCUCAGCUCGCACGUGCCGGGCUCGGUCAUGCACAUGUCCGACGCGUACCCACAACGGGGCGCCGGCGGCUACCAGCCCGACGCGCGCUCGGUGCGCUCGAGCCCGAUGCCGGAGUAUGCCGGGUCUGGGCACGGCGGCAUCCCCAGCGACCGCCAGUCGGGGCCCGGGUCACAGCACAUGUCGCCGGUGUCGAGCCACGAGCGGCACCUCUCGCCCGCGGACGACAUGUCCCCGCCGCCACACCACCACGCGCACGCGCCGCCGCCUCCCCCCGAGGAGUCGCCGUUCAACGCCAUCACCGAAGAUCUGCGCGCGCGCAUCAUCGACUGGAAAGGGCACCCGCUCGCGGGGCUCGGGCCGCUGCAGAUGUACGACCUGCUCUCGGUGCGGCGCGACGCGAUGGUGCGCGAGUUCUACGUGUACCUCUUCCGCGAGGCGAUCAUCUGCGUCGUCGAGGAAAAGCGGCGCACGCUCGGCCGGCUGUUGUCGACCGCGUCUGGCCAGGCGGGGUUCGGGGAGGGCCCGGGCCCCGGGCAGAACGCACAGCAGAAGGGUGUGCUGCGGCUGAAGGGCCGCAUCUACAUUCGCCACAUCAAGCAAGUCACGGACACGAGUGUCGCAGGCGAGCUGAGCCUCACGAUUGACAUGGAGGACGAGCGGCUCGACUCGUUCAUCCUCAUCUUCAAGGACCGCCCGUCGCUCGAGACGUGGAAGGCGCACGUCCAGGCGCUCGUUGCGGUGUACCAGCAGCAAAGCGCCGCCGCACAAGGCCGCGACUCAACCGGGGGGCAAAGUUCAGUGGGCGGGCCAGACCUAGAGGAGUUCGGCGGGAGCGCGAAGGCUGCGCGGAUGCUGCACGAAGAAUUCGGCGGGAGCCAGAAGGCGAUGCGCAUGCUCAGCGGCAGCACCGGGACAACGGUGAGCACGACGGACAGCCUCCUGCUCAACGGCUCCGCGCGCUCAACGGCUUCCUCGCACACGUCCUACGGCUCUUCGUCCUCGCAAUCACACUCGGCAUACCCGCACGCGCGCACGCUCCAGCACAAGCUCAGUACGCUCGAGGAAGACGAGGAGUUCAGCCGGUAUAGCUCGCCGACGCCGCUCGUCGCACCGCACAUGUCUGCAGGCCCGAGCAACUCGCUUGCGCCGCUGCCGCACCCGCCGCUGGACCUCAUCCUCGUCGUGAGUGUGCCGUCGCCAACGGCGACGCCGAGCACAGCGGCCCUCAAGGUCCGUGUCAUCCGCGCAUCGCUCGACUUCAUCGUCGCAUCGCUCGGCCCGAAAGAUCGUCUGAGUUUGGUGACGUUCGAGGUGGGCAUCGGUGGGAGGGUCCGCAAGACGCCGUUCCUGUCCCCCGGGAAGCCGCAGAGCAAGGCGAGACUGCGGAAGUUCGUGGAUGAGAUCGGGCGGAGAGAGGACGGCACACCCUUCGAGGACGAGUUCCUGGUUCGAGGAUCGCAAGACGACAAGACGGAUGUAGUGACCGCGGUCAAUCACGGUCUGGACGUCGUUUUGCAGCGCAAGUCGCGGAACCCCGUGACGGGAAUGAUCCUCGUUAGCGAUACCGCUGAGACGACACGGCGCGCUCAGAUGGAUCUCGUCCUUGCGCGGACGGAAGCUGCAAAUGUACCAAUCCACUCGUUCGGCUACGGACGCGCACACGACCCCGCAUCGCUCUGGCUAAUGUCAAACCACACAAGCGGCACAUACACGUUUGUCAAGGACUGGUAUGAUCUUCGAGACUGCCUUGCGGGCUGUAUCGGUGGCAUGAUGUCUAUUGGCCUGCUACACAUGAAGCUGCACAUGAAGAUCGUUGACGGGCAGCGUUUCCGCAUCCGCAAGAUCUCAGGCGGACCGAUGGCAAUUCUAUCCUCAGACGGGCGUGAUGUUGACGUCGAGCUUGGCGAGCUGCGCUAUGGCGAACGCAAGGAGAUGCUUGUCGAGUUGGAACUUGAUAACAGCGAUGUCAUACAAUCGCCAAUUGCUGCUCUCCAGAAUAGCAAUCAAGCGCAGCGGCCCCUCAACGCAACGGAUCAGUUUAUGGGCCGCAUGGGGCUCGACUCAUUGUCCAUAGCGGACUUGCCAGAUCUGGCAGAUGGCAUGAUGGACCGUAUGAUCGACGAGGUCCCCGUCUUCGAAGUCGACGGUUCAUUCUUCGACCCUGCAGCCGCCAAACACGUGUCGCGGUUGGCACACCCCGUCCUCCUGACUGUCACCCUUCUACCCAACAGCGGUAGCCGACCACGCACACCAGCAGCCAACGGAUCCGAUCCCGUCAUUGUGCGCCGGAGGAUGGAGCUGCUCGCUUCAGACAUGAUUACCCGUGCCCUUGUGCUUGUGUCGCGGAAGAACCUCCCGCAAGCACAGAAGCUGCUCAGCGAGACCCGUCGUAUAUUGCAUACGGUCCUUCAAAACAUCACGCAGUCGCUACCGCCGCCUAAUGCUCAAGGUGGUACGGCGCGCAACCGCAAGGAGAUACUCACGCUCUCGGCUGUACGCGCUAUCCAAGCGGUCCUCCAAGAUAUGCAGAUCCUGUCGGAGGCGCUAGACGACAAUCCCGACUUCUUUGCUCAUGAUCAGCGUAACUUUGGUGCUCAGCAGGCAAUGGUCCUCCGUGACCAGAAGAGCUGGAGCGGCCGCAGUGCGAUUGAACGCUUAUUCUGGACGAUCGACAACUCCAUCGAGCUGGUCUCUCGAAGUACUGACUGGGUCGCACGCGAAUAA